AUGUCUUCGGAGUCCUGGAUGGUGGCUGUGCUUGCUUGGAGUCUCGACGAACUACCUUAUGCAUGGCUUUAUCUGGAACUACCCCUCCCGAUUUUCGGCGCUUUGCCAGAAAGCGCCCCUGAAGAUCCUUGGUGGGCAUCCGGUGGAUGUCUUUGCAUCCUUAGAGGUGGUGGCGAAGAUUAUCCAAGGUUGCUCUUUGCUGGCCUUUCUGGGCAGCUCCGGCCGCGCAGCGGCCUGGCAAGCCAUUUCUGCUGCCCCUGGAUGGUGCUGGGCGGCCGGGGGCGUGUUGGUGGCGGCCGGCCAGGCACUGAACGUGGCGACCUACAACGCCAUUGGCAAUGCCGGAGUCUACUAUGGUUUCAAGUUGGGCCGCACCGUGCCAUGGUGCUAUGGCUUCCCUUUCAACACCGGUCUGCGGCACCCGCAGUACCUGGGCGUUGUGCUCACGCUCUUUGGCACGCUGCCGAUGCUCAUGAGCCUUGGACUGGAACCUGCCAUGGUUCGACUCCCUUAGCCAUCGCAGCCACAGCACAGCCUCAGGAGCAAAGAGAUGCUACAGAUGGGCCUGCCCCAGCUGGUGCUGACAUGGGGUUCCAUGUAUGGCAUCAUGUCCGCCAUGGAACAGGCUGGCGACAACGAAAAGAGUUCCUAGACUCCGACUUUGGCUGCAGAAAGCAGGCAGGCAUGGUAGGGUAUGGUAAAAAAGAGGUUUAUGGAUGUUUGGAUUUUGCCAGAAGGUGUACGGAAAUUCAGCUUUCAGUAAUCAAUUUGUAG